AUUUCUUUCCUGAAGAUGAAGAGGAGGCCGCCACCUCCACCCGUUUUGAGUCUUCAUGCUGCACGACUUUCGCUCCUUUCGCCUUGGAGCUGGGACUGGGCUGGUUCCUGGAAGCAGAACCGUGCUCUUUCGCCUUCUGCUUUCCCUUCGUUUUCUGUUUCUUCUUUGGUGUAUCUCGGACACUUUAUCCGUAUCAGGUGCCCCGCGUUUGCGCUUCCUGGAUGCGGAAGGCAAAGGAGCGGAUGGUACAGUCCACCCUGGAACUUCGAAGAGAGCCAUGACCUCGAAUGGUAUACGAUGGUGGGGUAUGUAGGUGACUGGGAAGUUCACAAGAAAUUCAAGUAAGAAAGUUCAGGUCGAUCC